CGGGGUGUCUCAAAAGUGGUAAUUGAUGCUCCAGUCUAUUUGAGUAAUGCCCAAAAGAAGGAAAUCGAAUCCGCUGGCGAAAUUGCGGGUUUAGAUAUGCUUGAGAUUGUUGAUAAGCCGAUUGCCGCUGCACUCUGUUUGUUAAAUCAAGGCGGUAAUGCCUUCGGUGUCUCAAUCCUUGAGAUCCCUAAUGGAUUUAUCGAGGUAAAAGCUAAAAAUGGUGACUUAUUCCUGGGUGGUGUGGAUUUUGACCAUGUUCUAGUGGAGUACUUGUUUGAUGAGAUUAGAAGGUUAUAUUCUUUAGAUAUCUCUAGAGACGGAAUAGUUAUGAUGAGGCUAAAAGAGGCUGCCAAGAAAGCAAAGAUGGAACUCUCAUCCUCUCUUCAGGCUCUGGUACAUGUUCAUUACAUCAUGGUGUUUGGAUUGGACCCAAUACAUGCAAACAUCACUGUUUUUCGUUCAAAAUUUAAAGAAUUAGUGGAAUGCUAG